GAGGCGAAAAGGAUGCACACAGGGAACAAAUCGAACGGUGAACGGCGAACAAACCGAACAGUGGGUUGCUUAGUACGUAUAAUGAUAAGGCAUAUGCCGUGAGCGCCGCAGGAAUACAUGUUUGUAGCCUCUUCGCCCCUUCGCCCCCUCUUCUGCGAAUCCCACUCGUGGAAACCGCGUCAGUGAAAAAAUGAAAAAUGCUUUGCCACAACGUUGCGAGCAAGGUGAGCGAACUCCUCCUUAACCGGAUGAACUGCCCCUUUCUGCAAAAUGUACAAGUAAGAAACCAUAAAAUUAUCAAACCCAGAAACAUCAUCAAGCUAUGGAAAAUUAACAAAGGGGACGAAGUGAAGGUGAUAUCGGGAAAGGAUAAGGGCAAAAUAGGGGAGGUACUAAGUUGUGAUAAAUUCCGGAACAUGGUUAAGGUAAAAGGAUGCAAUUUGAGAAAAAUCUACCUCGAUAAUAAAUUUGUUUAUAUCGAAAAAAAAAUCCAUUAUUCGAAUGUCCAACUGAUUGAUGAUUUUUUGAAGACAAACACCAAGGUGUGCAUUAGGUACACGGAUGACAAUCAGGUUAUACGGAUAUCGAAAAAGUCCGGAAUUGUCAUUCCGUGGCCCUCCAAGACGAACAAAGAGGACGAGUUUGACGAUGUGGAGGAAAAUCCCCUCGAUACGCCACCGCAGGAGGCCCUCAAAAAGACGUACGACUACAAGGCCGAUGUGAAGUUCAUGAAUAUAUUGCGCCAGACGGUUAACAAAUACAACAGGGAACUGUCCUAGAGUGCAAGAAGG